CACAGGGGAUCGUUGUGUCACUGUUUAGGUCAUUCAAUUCUCAAAGUAACUAUAUAAUUGAUAUUUUUUUUAAAAUCUCAUUACAAUUGUGGCUUUAUUAUUUAAAAAAAAACAACAACACUUUUUAACUAAUUAUUAACCUUAAAAAUGUCAGACACUUUUACUAGUAAACGAUAACAAAAUAAAAUGAGGUGUGAAAUUUAUUGAACCAAGUUAAAAGGGAACAACAUAAAAUAAAUAAUUUAGGAUUUUCCCAGAGGAAUAUUUCCGUUUCCAUUGACCUGUCAAUAAAUCAGCAAGUUGUAUUUAUUUUGUUUUGUCUUUUAAUUUACCCUUGUCAGUAAUAACAUUACAAUUAAUCAAAGGAAAUUUGUUAUAAUUUGAAAAGAAACCUUGAAAAUGUUCAAGAUAAUCUCAUUGUUAAAAUAGAAAAUUUAAUUUGACUACCCUUAAAUUUAUCCCAUGCUAGUCAAUGGAAGAGAAAGGAAUUUUUAAAUGGCCUUGCCAUAUGUUUACACUUCAAAACCUAUUGUAUUUUGUUUAUUACAAAAUUUUAGUUCCAUUGAUAAUAGCUAUAUUGUGCUAACCUUUAACCCACUUGAAAUGACCUUAAAAUACUUAUUUCAUUUCUAAAACUGAUCGAGGGAAAGUAUUUUAUAUCAUAAACCAUCAUAUUUUUAUUGUGUAAAAUAACUUUUUUUCUUUGCUAGUUUUAAAUUUAUUCGUAAGUAAAUUAAUCAUGGUUUUAAUUUCCACAAUAAACAUACGUCUGAAGAAAUUUGUAUUAAAUACAAAGCAUUGACAUCGUAAAGCCGGCCCCUGUGGGGAUUGGGGGGGGGGUGGGGGUUAAGGCUAGCCCGGGCGGCUUUCUUUCUCUUUCCAAAUGCAGAGCUUUUUCGUGCCAGAAGAGUAGCGAAACUAUUGGCCCAACCUUAGCAAUGCAGCUGAUGUUGAGAUCCAAAAUUAUUUUACUUUCGUGUAGGUUUUCCCAAAGCACCGUUUGUUAAUUAUGAUCAGACUGAUGUGAAGAAAAGGAUAUCUGAUUAAAUUUUAGUAUACUCCUAAUUCAUAUAGAACGAUUUAGAAAAUGCAAAAGAGAAGAAAGAUUUAAAUAACACCGAGAGACUUCAUCCCAUUCAUAUUCAGUUGAUAAACUAUCAACACAAAAAAGAAGGAGUUGCGAAACUAAUAUACUAAAAAAAUCGAUGCUUUUAAUAUUUAGAGAAAUCAAAAUGUUUACCAUUUGUGAAAUGUUCUGUUAACGGGAUUUACUCUAGGAUUAAUGAGACGUACACAUUUCGUUUUAGUUACACAUAAUUUUUGUAUCUCAUUAAUCUACUUGAAAUUUUUAUUUUUAAAGUUAUCGCAGUCCAACGCUUUUAUCAUUUAUUACAUCAUUUAAAUACAGGUUUUUAAGAAAGUCCAAUUUAUAUAUAUUGUAAAUAAAAGAAGAACUUUAAAAACAUCAUUUUUCGAUGGCCAUGUAAUAUGCCACAGAUCCAAAGGACAAGACAGCACAUUGUUUGAGAACACCUGGAACAUUCAAUAAUACAUGAUGGACAUGAUAAAACAAGGAAUUUAAUCAAAUUUGAUCGCACUUUGCUUUCUCGUGAUAUAUUUUUAUUUAACAAUUUUCUUCUAAUAUCCUCAGAUUAAUUUAGAAUCAAAAAGAUAUAAACACCAGCAUGUUGACAAAACCAGAAAUAGCCUGUGCCAUCAUUGAAGGUAUAGCAUCCGUUAGAGAAGAUGAAGAACUUCAGGAUUUCGUUGUUGAAGUUGAAGGCACAGAAUUUAAAUGUCAUCGUCUGAUACUCAGCGCGUGUUCUGGAUUUUUCCGUGGUCUUCUCAGGUCUGGGAUGAAAGAGUCGCAGGAACAUAGGACAAAGCUUGAUGGCGUCUCCAUGGAAACGUUCACAGCCAUUUUAGAAACUCUCUACACCGGAUGUGACAAUCUGACACGUGACAACAUAAGAAGUGUCUGGUUGGCUGCAGAUCAAUUUGAAAUAACACCUGUCUUUGAUAAUUGUGUAAAUGUCAUUAAAAAAAUAUUUGCAAUACAACUGUCAUUUCUUAUUGGAUAGUAGCAUCUCAAAUGAUGCACCAAAAUACCAUAGAACUUUGCGAAUCGUUUCUCAUAAACAACACAACUUUAGAAAACUGGGAAAUUAUAUAUUCCACUGCACACAGCUUGGGAUCAAAAUUUAUUUUGUCACAUUUACGAGAUUUUAUUAAGAACAAUUAUCAACACGUCAUCAAAUCCAAUGCUUUUCUACAUCUUCGGGAAAACGAUUUAAUUGAAAUAAUAAAAAGUCAAGAUCUGGUUGUGCCUAAAGAAGAUGUUGUCAUUGAGUCUAUUCUAAAUUGGGUCAAAAAUGGGAAUCAAAGUAGAUCUGAGACGACGGCUGAAGAUCAGAUUGAUGAUGGAAGUAGUGUUUCAGUUGAAAAUGAACAAAGCAGACAGACUGAAAAAAACUUACGACAAUCACUAGACCAAAAUAAAAUUGUUGGAUGCAAAGGGAAGAACGCAGCAUUAAAAUUGGCAAAUAUAAACAAAAAUCGCUUGAGAUGUCUUGAACGUUUCCUUUCAGAAACAAGAUUGUGCCUUGUUAGUUCUAUCACUCUGGAAAAAUUAUCACGUGAUAAUCUAUUAAUGGACAACAAAAGAAUCCGGGCAAUGGUGAUGGACGCCGCCUUAUAUAAGUCUAUGGGACAACAACAUGGUCAGAGUCUGAAGGCAGCCGUUCAUAGAAGUUGUAGUGGCUUAACGAAUGUUGGAGUCGUAGGUAGACAAUAUGGAAAUUUUAAUACUUUUUCAUUUCAACCUGAAUUUCAAUGGCUAAACCUUUCAAAAUGUACAUUUCUGGUCAACUGCACCUGUGUGAAAUUAAUUGCAUACCAGACAUAUUUUAUUGCUGUCGGUGAUUUAGUAGAGUAUAGCAGCGUGUGUGUUUUUGUACAAAAUGAAUGGCGUGAACUCAUGAUUCUAUCAAGUCACGGAUGGCUGGGUGUAGCUGUUGAAGAAUUUAUCUAUUUAAUUAAUUCUUCUAAUCAACAAAUAAAAAGAUUUGAUCCAAGAAAUUUUAACUGUCUACUUGAAGACUUCAUUAGUUUCCCCAAACAGAAUAAAAUAGAACACGUCUGUUCAUUUGAUUUUUUCAUACUUGCAUUCUGCUCAGAGGAAAUUGACGAGACAGCUGUACAUUGUCUUGACACAAGGUCUCAGACAUGGACAAGACUUGACAGCCUGGAAGGAUCAGCCAACAAUAUGCAUAGUUUCAGAGAAGAGAAACAAUUAUAUAUUCUACAAGCUAAUGGCAACCUUUGGGAAAUUAACAUAGAAGAGAUGAAUGGGGUACAUUUAAAGUUAGUUGAGGUUCUUUGGCAGGGCACAUCCAAAGUGUUUGGCGUCAUCUAUAUUGACGAACGUCUUUGCCUUUGCUUUAGUAAAGAAUCAGAGAAUGAUGUAGCCUCGUCGUCAACUUCAAAACUUUUUGCUAAGAUCAGCAAUGUCUUUAGUCCAACUCAAUUUCUUCCGUGGUCUAAUAUUGUACCCGCAGUCGUAAAGUCACAUUCUAGGUAAUCAUUUGCCUUGAGAUAUCGUAAAAAUUGAAUUAUUUCACUAAAUUUUGUAUGUCAAAAAAACAGAAAAUGGCUUGCAAUAGUUGGAUGUAGUUAAACACAGGCGUCGAACAGACAAAACAUUGACACAGAAACCUCAGUAUUUGCGAUUUGGGUGCUAACUCUGAACGCGCUUUUAACUUGGCUGACUAUACUCUAAUCCCCUCUGUGACUUUCUCUUUCGUUUUCUCAUCUCUCUUCUUCCCACUUUAUCAAAAUACAUUCGAAAAGUUUCAAUCCCUCCCACACAUGUCUAUUUAAAAUACUGUAAUCUUCCCUAAUACAAUAUUAUAAAAACAGAUCGUGUUCGUAAAGUACAAUUUUGCUCUCAAAAUGACUUUAGACAGGGUGGCUCUGGUAGUACAUAUGAAAGUUGAAAUUAUCAGUGUAUUUCAUCUAUUAGGUUAAUAUAGAGUGACAGAAAAAAACUAUGUUGACACAGUUAUGAGUGUUAUGAAAUAUAUCAAUACC